AGCCAUUUAAAUGGCAUCCAAGAACCGGCCGGACAUGUGUCGAGAGACGGUCGCGUUUUCCUCAACGGUGUGAUUCCCCGAGAUGAAGUGCUAUUAUUUUAGUUUUUGUGUUGCUCUCAGCUUCGGACUUAUUAGUGGACAGAACCAAUGUCGAACACCGAAAGGCGGAGCCGGGAUGUGCGUGCUGCUAGAUAAAUACCAGCCGCUGAAAGACAUCGACCAGAACAACGCAAAGACUGAACAGGAUCUGCUCUUCUUGAGGCAAGCGUCCUGCGGACUUAGCUACAACUUUAAACCAAAGGUGUGCUGCCCUCCGCAAUCAGAAUGGUAUUCGUUUUCGCGGCCAGCGCCCAUAGAGUUCCCCCAUCGCAAGCCCGUUCGGCCAACCCCUGACAAGGGCGACGACGUCUCGGACGCCGACAGGGAAUACGCCGAGUCGUCUGAUUGUCCGUCCACCCUGCAGGCACCGGCACCAGAGACCGGCUGCUGUGGUAUUGAGACCAUCGGAGGCGAUAGGAUUGUUGGCGGUGAUAUAGCAACAGUUGAGCAGUACCCGUGGUUAGUUCUUCUUGAAUAUGCGGGGGGCUACACAUCGUGUGGAGGCAGUCUUAUAAGCUCCAGAUAUGUUCUCACGGCAGCACAUUGUAUUGGGGCCACAAGAUAUGGAGAAGCAAAGCGAGUCCGACUCGGCGAAUACAACACGACUUCCUUUCCCACGGACACAGUUGAAGUCUACGGUGGUGGUUUUGAAAUCCUCGAGGUGAUCCUCAUAAGCAUCGAACGUCAGAUAGCACAUCCUGAAUAUAAGGGCCAGUAUCAAGGCGGACCGCAUGAUAUUGGGCUCGUCAAAUUAAGCAAAAACGCUCCUUAUACAGACUUCAUCCGUCCAAUUUGCCUACCCUCUAAGGACCCAACCGAGAAAGCUAGCAAGAACCUCCGCUUCCUGACUGCCGGUUGGGGAUCCAACGGCACUGUCUUCUCCGACGUCAAACAGCACAUCUCACUCCCCUACGUUCCACCGAACAUCUGCCAGAUCCCAUACAAGCUUAGGCUUAACGAUAAUCAACUCUGUGCCGGUGGUGAGGAAGGUCGAGACUCGUGUAAAGGGGAUUCAGGGGGACCUUUAAUGAUCCAAUAUGGAGACACCUUCGAGCUAGUCGGCGUGGUCAGUUACGGUCAUAAUAAUUGCGGAACUAAAGAUGUUCCAGGUGUUUACACUCAUGUAUAUAGAUAUUUGGAUUGGAUUAAGAAAGAAAUGAUUUAAAAAUCCUUAGAUAUUUUAAAUAAGUAAAAGGCCGUGGCAGGAUAAGGAAUUAUCUGGUGUCUCAAUAGAUUCUCGUCCUGAAUUUUUUCUGAUGAUGUGCUCAUGUGCCGCGUCAUUAGUAAAUGAUCUAAGUACUAAAUUUCAGCACUCGCCUCUUUUUAUCUUUGAAUUUAGUAUAGCGCUUUUACUAAUGACGUGGCACGUCAUUAGAAAAUUAAUCAGGCCUAAAAGCACAAUUCAUCAGGCACAAGAUGGUCCCUUAUCCUGCCACGGUAUUUUCUGAAUAAUUUUAAUUUCGACGACUAUAUUGACACGUAAAUAAAGUUAAAUGGAGCGACUAUGACACGUCAUAGCUAAGUAGUAAGUACUCACCUCUUGCAUUCGUCGCUGCAUCUGCGAUUUUCUGAAACGCGUCCAGAAACGCAGAUAUUGCAACCAACGCAGACCUGAAAAUAAAUUCACGAAUUA